AUGGAUCAGUGUGCGUCCAGGGUGCUGCCAAUCAUCGACGAGGGGUCGGAGUUGGAGUCGGAGACGGGGUCGUCAACGGAGGGCGUGGCGCCCGAGACGACGACGAGGAAGGCCGCGGCGGCGGCCGCGGCGAGGGCCAUAGCCGAGCGCAGGAAGGCGAUCGUGGCCAGGAUGAGGGAGCUGCUCCGGCGCGCCGUCGUGCAGUCGUCCUCGGCGGCGGCGACUCAGUCCAAGCUCCGCUCCUCCACCGUGGCCACCGCCAAGAAAUGGAAGAGGGUGGUGAGCUUCAAGAGCUGGGACCAUCAGCGGCGGCGGCAGGCCGUCCACGGCAGGCUCGACGGCAUGAGCUCCGCGUCGUCGGUGUCCAGCGCCAGCAGGAACAGCCUCAGCAGCCGGGACGCUGCCUUCCCGCGCUCCCCUCCACUGUACACCACCGCGUAUAACCAUACGAACAAGAUAUGCUUCGAAGAGAUCAUGGCGAUGGAGCAUGAGGCUCACUGGAUCACCACGGAUUCCGACUUCGUCGUGCUGGAGCUCUAG